AAUUACACUUUUUAUUUGAUAGCUAUUUCCAAUUUUACAUGUAUUCUGUGACGAAUUUCAUAUUGUAUGGGAAGAUUUUCCAAAGAGCAAUCAGGUGCUUAUCUCCCAUUUAUGGAUUUGAAAAUCUCUCCCUGUAAUGCUUUGUAUAUCAAGUUUUGCUGGAAAAAAAAGUUUGAUGCCAGUUUGAAGUUCAGGGAAAUCCUCUGCUUUCUUCUCAAAGGUCUUUCUUGAAAUAUUUAAACUCUAAAGUUUCCAGGCUAGCAGCCAAUAGACAUGUGCAGAAGAUGUCUAUCAACAGCUCCGUUCUUUUUCUAAUUGGUGAGUUCAAGUGCUUCUGGGUGCUCAGACAGAUACACAGAUUUUGUACUGACACGUUGAAACAGAAACAGUGUGGAUGGUUAUUGAUAACUUUCAUUAAAGGUAUAAAUGAAUUCCAAGAAUAAUUUGGCAAAAAAAUAGGCAAGGUUUCUGGGGGUGUCAGACAGCUGUUGAGAACAGCAUCAAAUGAAAAUUUGCAAAAAUAUCAUUGACAGUUUGCAUUUAUGCAGCUCCUUUCAACUGAGGAUCUCAAAGUAAUUCAUCUGAAAAUCUACAAACAUUAAUUAAUUGAGUCUCGACACAUUCCGGUGAAAUAGGUGUAUCUAUAUUAGCAUCUUUUAGUACAUGGGGAUACAGCGGCUGAGAGGUUAAGUACGUGGCCAAGGCCACACAGUGUCAUUGAAAGAAUUGUGAACAGAAUUGAGAGUCUUCCAUUCAUCCUCUCUUCUAAUUAGUAGAAAAUGUAAUUAAAUAUUUGAGGCAAGUUUAUCUGUGAUCAUUUGAUUCUCUACUUUUCCACAAAAUUACACAAACUCAAAAAAAAUGAAAUAAAAAAUCCAUGUGUACGUUACACACACACUAUCUCACUUAGGUAAAUGCAUAUCUAAGAGGGAAAAGAAAAAAAGAAAACAAAUCCUUAAGUCAGAAAAUCACCCAGCAAGAAAGGCUUCUAUCUGGCUCAUGAAUAUUUGCCUAUGCUUGAUUCAAAUAAUGAAUAUAUUUCUCUGUAAAGAGUUGAAUGAUUCUCUCUAACAUUAUUACGUAUGCCUUUGGUACUACUCAUGUUGUAUGAAAAAUAUGUUCAAGAUUUUGUUCUGUAUUACUCUUUGAUAGCCUACAGUGUCAGGAGUUACAGUAGAAUAGAGGAGGAUUUAUAAUUAUUAAUCAUUCUGUUCACUUAUUAAUUUUAAAAACAGUCUGAACUACAAGUUUUGAAAGUCAUAUUUCAGUAGUAGUUUUAUGGCAACAGGAAGGGAUUUUAAAAAUGUAAGGAAAUGUAAUGUUUGGAAGUUCUGAAACAGAAAUUUCAAUGUAUGCAAUAGAUAAACAAAAGCUCGGCUUUUAAUAUAUAUUGUUCUUCAUAAAGAACAUAAGAUAAGUUAUAGAGAGUCCACUAAGAGAGUCAGCUAUAUAAAUAGGAUCUUGUUUUAGGUUAAACCCAAUAAAAUUCCACUUAAACAAAAAUGUAAUGAAAAAAUUCCCCUCCCUUUCUAUAAAACAUACACAGAAAAUUCUUGAAACUUACACUGUUUGCAGUUUUAAGCUGUUUUUGCAGGGGGUCAGUAUUUCUUAAAGCUCUUGUCUGCACUCCCCCAUAUUUUUAAUUAUAGAUAAAAUUCUAGUGGUCAAUCCUUUCCCCAGUGAAGUCAUCAGCUUCAGUAGAAGCAGGAUUGGGCCCCAGUUGUUUACUCUUAAAAUAGGAUCCAAAAUUUAUACCUCAAAAAUCAACACUGCAAACCAAAAAUGCUACACAUAUGCUACAGGAAAAGUUUUAAGGUGCUCUGUCUUAUUGUUUAUAUUUGUGCAUUUAGCUGACACCAAACUAUCUUUAGUCUAGCUCAUCUGGCACUUAGGAAAUAUACAAGUUAUUUUAACAGAACUGCUUGCAUGAAUAAGACAGUCAGGAUUUGGCUCAGUAUGUAAUUAAUAUCUGUUUAAAUGACCAACUAUUCUCUUGAUUAAUGGUUCAAAACACUGUGUAGUUACUUAAAAGUCCAUGAAAAGCCAAGUAUUUCUCUGCAGCUUUCUCAGGUAUAUUAAAGGAAAACCCAUUAUAAGUGUAAGUCUAAAGCUACUCUUAGUUAUGUACUUUAAAUUAUUUCAAGAUACCUAAUCUGUUAGCCUAAUGUUUAACAGCAGCACAGUAUAACCAAGGCAGUUAAAAUGCUAUGUAACUGCCAGAAAACACAUAUUACAUAAUUCAUAUUUAAACAUUUGUUAAGAUUGUCAAGCGGGGGAUAAGGUGGUGGCUAUGGAAGCCAUUCAUCAGCCAAUUCAGAUCUAUUGCUUAUAAACUUGGAAAUACUUUAUUCAAAACAGUUUAACUGAAGUUAAUGCUGAACAGUUCCCUGUUAACAAUCCUUAUGAUUCCACAAAAUGCAUACAAGGCCAAGGUGCUCAUUGGAAUGCAGUAGCAGUUUACAUCUUUGAUGUCAAUAAUUGCUUAAUCAUGCAACUACAAAAGGAGGCAUUAAGACAGUGGAUGACAUCUUGUUGGAUGUUAGAUAUUCAGUAUGCCCAUAUAAAUUGCUCAUGAUGUGACAUCUGCAAAGAGCAUAGACCUUUCAGUCACUAAAGAAUUAUUUUUUUAAAAGACGCUUUUUGUUUUGUUUUGGUUUAAAGUGCUUGUUUCUCUAACUCUCUGCAUUGUCUAUAAACGAAUAAAAUACAGCCAUCUAUAGUUUAUUAAACAAAAGAAGGUGGGGAGAGGGAGACAGUACCAUGACAGCUAUGUCUUUCUGCUUCAGCCAGUAUUCUCUUUUUUUACAUUUACAGACCAUAUUAAUUUUACUCACUUUACUUGUGUUCUGCACCUCUCUGUUGCUGUUAGUAUACAAAGGGUCUGCUCCUGUAUACCUUGCAGAGUAUUGGAUGUGCAGGAUUGAAACUCAGUGGAAAUAUAUAACAGACUAUCUAUCAAAAAUGGCUUAACUAAAAAGUCAGCUUUUUCCUGCAAUAUUUCUUACAAGACACCAAGGGAAAAAUAAAUUAAAGGAGCAAAAGCCAACCACUUUUCUUUUUAGCUGUCAUUAAGGAGAUCCCUUGAAAGGGUCUAUAAUAAGAAGAUUUCUUGCCCAGGCAAUGCAAGGAUGUCUGUGUAUAAUAUUCCUAUUAUCAAAAUAGUUAAAGGAAAUUUUAACAUAAGAUGGAAUCCAUUCACACACAGAGAACUCAGCCCAAGCUAUCAAAACUUGGAAAGCCUACAAAAGUGACAAAAAUAAUAAAGGUCAUAAAAUUAGAAAUGCUAUUUUUUUUUUUUUAGAAAAUAAAAUAACUUAGCUUUUUGGGGGGUAUUUGUUACUUCUGGAGUCUUAGAUGGGUUUUUUUCCCCCCAGGAAUAUUUCAUGGGCUGCAACAUGUUAGAGUAGGAGGCUGAAGGUAAUCCUGGUAAGUAACAACUAAAUAAAUCCUUUUAAAUCCAUGAUAAGGAAGUAAAAACAAAACAAAACACACUAAAGUUGUAACUUUUGUUUAGAUAGAUUUUUUUUUAAAUAGUUCAGGUGCUAUUAGUCCUUGCCUUGUAAUUGAAAUAUGUUUUUUUUUAAUUGUGGCAAAGCUGAAUAUCCAUUCACAGCUUCAAAAUAUUUGUAUGUAGUAGAGUGUAUACAAAUAGAAAAUAUUAAUCUAAAUAUACUUUAGAUGCAGAGAAAAAUGCAUAAUGAGAUCAAAGCCUAAAGCUAGAGCAGCUGUGAAUACUAUUUAUAUGAGGGAUUUUUACUCGUUUAAAGGGAAACACACAACAAAACAGUGAAACUUGAAGUGGUGUUUGACCUAUUCAUUUAAUUUGGUAUUUCGGACUAGUCCAGUGUGGGGAAUUUUAUCGGGCUCACUUUUCUAGUCUGUUUAAGAAAUACCAACAUGAAGUGCGGCAUGAUAAUCUACCACUGGAGGGAGUCUGGGAGCUUUCAAACAGCUCAAAAACACCGGGAAAACGGCGAGCCACAGGGGGAGACUGAGUGGGCACGGAAGAGAAGGACACGAUGAGAGAGGUUUUUAUUGAAGCAAAAGAAAAUACAGCGGCGCUGGCACGAUUUCAGUCCAAAACUAAAGGUGCUUGGGUCAGACGAGACAGGAAUACUUGAGAGGGACCUGGGAGGGGGUAACUGUAGCCUGAGUGCUGUGACCCUUCGCAGUCCAUGCCGCCUUCUGUCCAUAGAAAAAGAGCAAAGCCCUCGUCCACAACUAUUGUCCCAUUCAGCCAACCUCUUCCUGAGGCUUUUGCAAACUUCGGAGCUAAACGGGUUUGUAGCUUGGGGGGACAAAUGGAAGGUAAGAGACCGUGUGUCUGUAUAGACACAACACACCCCUUCAAAUUAGGGAUGGAGAAGCUCACCUGAUCUAAGCUGCCUGCCAGUGCAGCAUAGCACGUACAGCUAUGGUGCAUGGUGAUGGCAUUUCUGCCCUUUGAGAGAUGUUAAUGAAAUAGAGCUGAGUAGUUCCAUUAUUAUUAGCUCAUCCUCAUAGUUUACACGUAGAACUUGCAGUGUUUUUUGGCGGUUCAUUUUGCCGCAUUAACACCAGCUCCGCCGAUGCGGGGUUACAUUUGUCUGAUAAUUGUCCAAUGAGAUAUUUGCAGGACACGCCCAAUUAUAAACUCUCGCUUGAAUAAACUACUUUAAAGACACACACAGCCGUUUAGCAAGCCAAAAUGCAAUUGUUGGAAGAAGAGGAUUAAAUCUGUUUUCCAGACUGCUAAACAACCGUCCGGUUUUAAUUUGAUUAUGUAAUAUUUAAGAUUAGCGUUGCAAUUUUGCAAACCAAUUCAAUUGAUCCUGUCGCAUCUCAUCCAGUAACAGCUGAUGUCAGAUCCCCGGUGGCGUAUAAAUCAUAUAUCUAAAUCUAAACUAAGUGAUGAAGGAGCUUUAUUGCACGAUUGAAUUAUUUUCUACACUCUUUUCAGUGACUGCUGCCCACUCUUAAGAUUGAGUUUAUGGGCGUGUAUGUGAGUGAGAGAGGACCCCUAGACAGAACCUGGGUUGAAAUGGUUACAUUUAGCAGUAAGGCCAUACACGGACCACUCGGAUCUCCUUGUAAUUCAAUUAGUCAGGUUUCAGGAAGGUGAGGCUGGGUAAAUUUUUUGGCAUGGGGUAGGGGGAAAUAAGGAAACGCCCCUUUUCUCGCGUCGUAAACCAAUCCGCGUGCAGUAAAAAAAAGGGGAAAAAAAGCAGUCUGUAAGCAAACAGCAGGCUGUGCCCUGACUGGCUGCGCCGGCACAUCCCCCCCUCCCUUGCUCAAGUAAACUGCAUGCAAAAAUCCCACAUGAUCAACCAGCAGCGCCUCUGCUCCGAGCUAGAUGUCUGCGCCUCCUCCGUGCAUCUACUCCUCGCACACACCAGCUUCCAGAUCUCUCUUCUGACGCACACGCAUGUGUAUGUAUGUGCGUGUGUGUGUAUAUAUAUAUAUACACACCGUGUAUAUAGCUAUGCAGCUGUCUGUUGCACACGCACAUGCACACAGACGCCCAGAGCACUAGGCUCCUAGAUUUUCCUAGGCUGCUGAUGUCGGAUUCACAGGCAGUGAAGGGACCAGCGUUGCAAAAGGGGGCGUGACAGUUUAAAUAUCCCCCCUCCCAAACAUUUUUUUUUUUUUGCAAAACUGACUUUUGCCCCUCCCCCCCCCCCGCUGCAUUCAAGUGUAUUUGCUUGCUAGGGCGGAAUAUUUUUUUCUUCAGAGGGAAAAGCUGCCGGGCAAGACCAAGACGAAGGCUUGAUUUGUUUUCUGAUGUAGUCCUCUGAGGGGUGCUUGCUUUCCUCCCCCUUCCCUCGCUCUUUCAAACUGUUUCGUCCUUCUUCCCAAGUCGACGGUUCAGGGAUGGACCCUGCUUUAUUCUAACACAGACACUUUGGGAAGCUGAGGGAGGAGAUUCCUGCGGCUCCAUCUCGUUCCCUGUGCAGAGGAGGCGGCUUGACACCAGCAUCACCAGAGGAGUUUGUGGGCUUUCAGUUUCCGCGCCUGCGGGGUUCGGCUGGUUUUACAGCCUCUCCUAAAACACCCUCAUUUCCAUCUGCUCGAGUCCCGCGCCGCAGUACUGCUUGGAUUGGCCGCUUUUUGUGCCUUUGCUGUGGCUCGGUCCGUGGUGCAUCCAGCGCCCAGGAACAGGAAGGACAAGAAACCCACCCCACGAAGUCUCCUCCACCCGAGACGCUCUCUGCUGCAGAGCAGGCUCCCCAGCUCCAUCCGCGCAGCAGCCGGACUCCUCGGGGCUCGCGUGCUGCCCUUCUGCAGUGUGUGUCUGUGUGGGGGGAGAGCCGCAAACUUUGUACUGGCUGCACGGAUUCGCCUCCCGCCCGGCCCAGCUGCCUGGACACAUUCCCAGGACCCCGGGGGGGAGGGCGCCAGGGGGAAGAUUUGUUGCUGCUGGUGCCCCUCCAUCCUCGCGCGCUUACCUGAACCGGUUGCAGCUGCCUCCAGAGCCGGAGGGCUGCGAAGGAAGGAAGGACCUUGAAUCCCCUCCCCGCAUGUGCCACCAGCCACCAAGUAACUUUGCAAGAGGCCGGAGAGCGGUGCCUUGAGAGGAGCCCCCAGCCUAGCGCUAGCAGCCUCCCGGCACCGGUGUAUGUCUCCUCGUGGGCUCCGCACUGGACUCCCGGCUGCCGCCGCCCGCCUCGGCUCCCACAUCCCCCUGCCGGGGUGACUAAGCUCCAGCGGCUCCUGAAGGGACCCAAGGAUCCUCCCCCCCCCCCGCCACACCCUAUCGGGGGGGCGUCUUGCUGCGGCUUGUCAGUGCAGCCUCCGUGUGGCCCCCUCCCUGCCCUUUCUGUGACUUGCCUGCCUGAGUGGACACCCCCCGGUGGCGGUGUGGGCCGGGACUCAGUGAUGUUGCACGUGGAGAUGUUGACGCUGGUGUUUCUGGUGCUCUGGAUGUGUGUGUUCAGCCAGGAUCCCGGCUCCAAGGCGGUGGCCGAUCGCUAUGCCGUCUACUGGAACAGCACCAACCCCAGAUUCCAGAGGGGUGACUACCACAUUGAUGUCUGCAUCAAUGAUUAUUUGGAUGUGUUCUGCCCUCACUAUGAGGAUUCGGUGCCAGAAGAGAAGACUGAACGCUACGUUCUUUACAUGGUGAACUUCGAUGGCUACAGCUCCUGCGAUCACACCUCCAAAGGAUUCAAGAGGUGGGAAUGUAAUCGGCCUCAUUCCCCGAAUGGACCAUUGAAGUUCUCAGAAAAAUUCCAGCUCUUCACUCCCUUCUCACUAGGAUUUGAGUUCAGGCCAGGCCGGGAAUAUUUCUACAUCUCUUCUGCAAUCCCAGAUAAUGGAAGGAGGUCCUGUCUAAAGCUUAAAGUCUUUGUGCGGCCAGCAAACAGCUGUAUGAAAACUAUAGGUGUUCAUGAUCGUGUUUUCGAUGUUAACGACAAAGUAGAAAAUUCAUUAGAACCAGCAGAUGAUACCGUACAUGAGUCAGCCGAGCCAUCCCGCGGUGAGAAUGCAGCACAGACACCGAGGAUAUCCAGCCGGCUUUUGGCAACCCUAUUGUUCCUCCUGGCGAUGCUUUUGACAUUAUAGCACAGUAUAUUCCAGUAACCUUCUCACAGAAAACAUCAGGGUCUUGGAACAUCAAAGAUCCACCUAACUGCUCCUCCCAGGAAAGGGACUUUAUAUUGGUUUUGCAGAUGUCAAAUUUUGGGGGGAGGGCGGGAGGGGUUGUUUGUUUGUUUGUUUGUUUUCUUUUCAGCCUGAACUAUGAGCAAGAAUUUGAGGGGAAUAACUAGUUUCAGUUCCCAACCUUCCCCAUGACUUUCCUUGACCCCUCCAAAAAUCAAAGGACUCAAAAUGAAAAUGCCAAAUUAUAACAGUGAUACUAGUGAUUCUUAUUUUCCUCUUCAUUCUCCUUUAAGAAGUCACUUCUGCUAGCUCACUGUAUCAUCUGUAUGUGAAUACGGAAGAAUAGUGGCAGAUGCAGUCAGUGAAGGAUAAGGAACCUGAGUGGAAGCCCACCAGGGUUUUACUCUCCAAUACAAUAUUUAUGCCUUCUCGUUCAGUACUGUAAGAUGAUCCUCCAAGGCAUCAUGUCACCAUGUCAGGACUGGAGGGGAAAUAUUAAGAACAGAUAUAACACUAUUUCCUCUAGGAGUUUCUAAAUGAACAGGCUUUUAAAAGGAAGAGACACAGUUUCUUGUAAGACUGUCUUGAAACAUCAUUGACAGUAAAAACCUGUGCUCCAUAAUAGAAGCUCUCUUUAGAAAAAAAAAUAUUAAUAUUUAGGAAUGUUAGCACACAGCAAGCAAGGUCAGAUUUAGGAAACUUCACUGGGGGUACGAGUGCCUCUGUUAUUUUCAUUUAAGUGGGUAGUGCACACCAGAUUAUUUUCUUUCAAAACAAAUCACCAUGGUGCUACAAUUUUUUUUUCUUGAAAUGCAAAGAGGCAUUUUUUUGUGAAUAAAGUGACCUUCCCCAGGGCUGACUUAGUAGCUGGUAGCUUUGUAUGCAGCUCUGGGUGACAAUAUGCUCUAAGGAGAGGACUUCAGUGGCCAGAGGAAACAUUUUUUGGGACACAGGAUAUCCAGUGUGUUCUUGAAAAAAGAAAAGGAGUACUUGUGGCACCUUAGAGACUAACAAAUUUAUUUGAGCAUAAGCUUUCGUGAGCUACAGCUCACUUCUUUGUCUCCCCUGCAAGUUCCACCAUCAUGGGAAUAAAAAAAGCCAGAAGAAGCCAGGACAGCCAAUCAGCAUUGUUUGGGGGUGGCGGGGGGUAAGGAAAAGUGUUUGAAAGUAAGGAAUACAAAUUGAAGUGUUGAUUUUAUAUCUUCUCCCUUUCCAACACAGUUUGAACAGUAGAGGAAAUAUGUUUAUCAGCAGGAGAUAAACCAGAUGGGCUCCCAAAGACUUUAACAAAAUAUUUUUUUAAAAAUCCACUAGAAUAGAAAAUACAUUAUUUAGAUAUACUUUAUGCUGAGAGUGAGUAUAUAUGCUUGUCCUAUUUAAACGUGAGAAAAGUGGUAACCCUUGAUGCAAUUAGGAAUAUGGGAACUGUUUUGUUUGAUGAAAUUGGGGGGUGACCCUGUUUAAGGAAUCUGAGCAUGACCAAGAAAGGACUUGAGAAAUCAUUCACCAGGAAAUGCAAGCCUUGGGGUUUCUAUUGGCGAGGCUGCCAUGAUCUUUGAAAUCUGAAAUAUAGUCAGGGAAAUAUGUCAGGCCAAUAUCAAAACAAAGCCUUUCAAACAAAAACUGAUGAUUAUGAUUAUGAUUAUGUUGAAUGUGGAAAAAAAUGGAACACGUUGCAACAAAACAAGGGAUUUUAUGUAUUAGUUAAAAAUUAAUAGGGGUUGUUAAUGGGCUUCAUUUUGUGAAAAUGAUUAUAAAUUAAAUUAAAUUAAAAAGAGCUGCUUCCUAGAAUUUUGAGCAGUCCAUGAUCCAAAAAAGAGAAAAGGAAAUUGUACACAUGUUAAACUAAAUUGAGGGGUUGCCUGAUACUAUACAGUAUGGGUAUUGAUGCAGAAGCUGCCCUUGAGAUAGAAUCAAGGAAAUUUCUACUAAUAUUGAACACACAAAAUCAAAAACCACAGUCUAGACACUGAAGAAAAUCACCAUUUCAUUACGAAAUAGUCAAUACAUUUCUCUUUCUCCAGCAUGUAUAGUUGGUGCACAUGCUAAUGUUUCCUUCAACUAAGAAUUACAGAACUUUGGGGGAGGUGGGCUUAAGGAUGAAAACACACCUUAUAAUAGACAGCAAAAAGAUAAUAUUGCUAGGUAAGCAUAUUUAAAAAGAUUCACAUUGGCUGCACUUAGUCAUACUUAUAUUAAUAGUGCUGAUUUUAUUUCAGAAGUGAAUUUCAUUGUGUUCUAUCAUUUCUCUAUAAAUGACAAUGGACUCUCACAACCGUAGGUGUAGUUUAACUUCUGUAUUGGGGAGGGACAGCUCCAGUCAGGACAAUAGGAUUGCAUGUCAGGGGGGAAAUUCCAUGCCUGCCCAGGCUUGCAGUUUGGCCGGGGGCGGAGGCGGAGAAAGGCCCCCCAUCUCCAAAUUAUGCCUAUGCUCAAAAGCCACACUUAUCAACAGAAAACUUUUUUUUCACUAGUGUUCUCCACAGUGAAAUUCAAUCCUUUAUUUUACCACAUUGUCAGCGCUAACUAAAUUAAUAAUAGCAAGACUAUCACAGCUAACGGACAGACUACUACACUACAUAGAAUAAUAUAACUGUGAAUUGCAAGCUUACCAGACAUCAGCUUGGAUACUUGAUGGCAUCAGGCAAUCCCAGUCAUAUCAAGUAAGCAAGUGCUGCAAACCAUUGAAUCUUUGGUUUUUGUUGUGCAGAGUUACAAGACUCUGGAAGCUUUGAAGGAUGUUGGUGCAAGUGUAAGCAGCUCCCCCCCCCACACACACACACACACCCACCCUGUGAAGUCUGAGGGACUAACUAAUUCUGCAACAGACAUCUCUCAGCCCAGAUAGUUCACCCCUGUGACCUGCACUCCUGGUUGCCAAGGGCUUUGCAACGUGAAGCAGGGAAAUAAGGAUCAGUCUGUUUAGUGGAUACUAUGUAUCCUUUAAUAGACAAGGUAACAUUUCGUGUUAGCUUAGAAUAUUGUUUUGUACUGUACUUUCUUGAAUGGCAAAGGAAAGACAAGUAAAACUUAAAAAAAAAGGUAUGUUCUUUAAAUUCUGUAUUUAGCAACCUCUGUUGUAUAUAGUGUUUGAUAAUAAAGUAUUAAUUUGAUUCUUAUGUCUUUUGUAAGUGAGAACAAUAGACUUUCAGGAUAUUAAAAACAUGCAUUGAUUAUAAGACAGAGCUUUGAAGCAUCAAGUGUAAUCAUGGCUGAGAACUGAGUUAUAAGGGGCCAUGACACUGCAUCAUACAGGACUCAUCUGUGAAAACUGUUCACCUGAUCUCAAGACUUCACAAUGUCAAAACCUGGAACAACAUGACUUUUGAUGAUCAAUGUUUUGUCCUCAGUGUUUAAAGGUCUGAUGUUACAGCGUGUGGUUUUUUGUGUUGGUUUUUUGUUUUGUUUUGUUUUGGGGUUUUUUAACAUGUUGGUUUCUAAAAGGCUUUGGGGAUUGAACAAUUCUUCUAUUCCUUUGUUUUCUUUAUCCUUUGUUGUUUUCUGUUUUCCUUCUGUCUUUUCCUUCCCCUCCCUUCAUGGAUAGUUUUUUCCCCCAGAAGGGAUCUUGCCAGUAUCAUGUGUGACAUGUGCAUGGACUUGAUUCCAAAACAACAAGCAACAGACUUGGGAGAGUCAAACGUGGAUUAUUUCCUUUCCUGUAUAUUUGUGGAAGGAAAGGGAUUGUAUUUGUACCUGUUGAUUUUUCCUAGAAACUGAACUUUAUCUGUUGCCUCAUGAGAGCAAUUGUUCUUUCAGUUUCAGAAAAUCAGAAAAUAAUUUAAUUUUUCCCCUUCAUCCAUCCACUCAGAUUUGUGCUCACCAGUUUUACUUUACAACUCCUCACUUUACUCCCAUCCCCCUCCACUCCCCUUCUCCCUCGUUCUUUUAAUUUGGAACAGUGAAUGGGCAGAUCUGUUUCUGGUUUGGCAUCACUGAGUUUUUCCCAUGCAUUCGCCCCUGAGCUUCUCGGAUGUGAGACAAAUCUCCCUACAAUAGGCUUGCUGCCAUUGUCUGUACAGUUUAAUAGAUGCUGGCAUGUUGGAGGUUACCCAUGAGUCUGCAAAAUCCGCUUUCCAUGCUUACUCUUGACACCCCAUUGAAGCCACUCAUUGUGUGUGCAUCUGGGUAUGAAAGUCCAGCUCAGUGUGGUCCUGUGCUUGUACUGCCCUGCUUUGCAGUUUCUUUGCACUUAUUCAUUGAGUGCUGUUUUUGAAAUGCUUACAUUAUAUGAACUUAAAAGAAAA